AUGUCUAGAGAACAGUUGCACGUCCAAACAACAAGACUGGAGACACCUCCUUGUCAAUCGUCUCUGAGCUUUCCGAUCUCCGCCGCUCUCAAUCCGUGUCACUCCCGUUCUGGUAGUGGUGUUUGUGGAUACAAUAGCUUCUGCACUUUGGGACAGGAUAAGAGACCAACGUGUCAGUGUCCAAAAAGUUACUCUCUAGUUAAUCCUGAUGAUCCAUAUGGUAGCUGCAAGCCAGAUUUUAUACAAGGAUGUGAAGAAGAUGAACUGAGUAAAAGAAAGGAUCUCUAUGACUUUGAGGUUUUGAUUAACACUGAUUGGCCUUUCUCAGAUUCUGUGCUUCAAAGGCCUUUUACUGAAGAACUGUGUAAAGAAGCUUGUAUGGGAGAUUGCAUGUGUUCUGUGGCUAUUUUCAGGUUAGGUGAUAGUUGUUGGAUGAAGAAGUUACCACUCUCAAAUGGGAAAGUUGAUCCAACACUUAAUGGUGCUAAGGCUUUCUUGAAAGUGAGAAAAGAUAAUACCUCCCUCCAGUCCUUUGAUUUUCCUCCAUUUCCAAUCAUUGCGAACAAGAAUAAUAAUAGGGAAACGUUGGUUUUGGUUGUUUCUGUGCUUUUUGGUAGCUCUGCUAUUCUCAAUGCUGUAUUGCUUGUAGCAAUAUGUUUCAGCACCUCCAUGAUUGUUCAGUACAAGAAGAAGCUUAGAAGAGUUAGCAGAAGUGAAACUAGUGUUGAAACCAAUUUGCGUUGCUUCACUUACGAAGAGCUUGAAGAAGCUACUAAUGGAUUUGACAAAGAGCUAGGAAGGGGAGCUUUUGGUAUAGUUUAUGAAGGAGUCGUCAACAACAACACAUGUUCCGAAACUCGUGUGGCUGUGAAAAAGUUGAACAAUUUUUUGUUGGAUCAAGCUCAUAGAGAAUUCAGGAAUGAACUGAAUGAGGCUGGUGGUCAACACAAAGGAGAAAGUACAACUUUUUCUGCUCUAGAUGAGGAUGACUUGCAGACUGUGAUAGUAGAAAAUAAACUUGGGUGUGACAUCUUUGUCAAAAAAGUUGAGCAUGAUGUAGAUACAGUUGACAUGCUACAUCACGGAGACUGUGUUUCUGUGUGGAUUCCUCCUCCACGAUUUUCAAAUAGGUUAAAUGUUGCAGAUGAAUCCAGAGAAGCACGUUACUAUGUCGCUGUACAGAUACUGGAAGCAAAGGGUUUAUCUAUAAUUGAUGAUGGUAACAGCCAUAACUUCUUCUGUGCCUUGCGUCUUGUUGUUGACAGUCAGGCAUCCGAGCAGCAAAGGCUUUUUCCUCAGAGUGCAAGAACAAAGUGUGUCAAGCCUAUAAUAUCAAGAAUUAAUAAUCAGGAUGAAGGCAAUGUAAAGUGGAAUGAACUUUUUAUAUUUGAAGUUCCCCGAAAGGCCCCUGCUAAGUUGGAAAUAGAGGUUACCAAUCUUGCUGCAAAAGCUGGGAAAGGGGAUGUCGUGGGUGCACUUUCCUUUUCUGUUGGACAUGGUGCUAAUACUCUUAAGAAAGUUGCUUCAGUGAGAAUGUUUUAUCAACCCUAUGAUGCUCAAAAUAUUAGAUCGUAUCCAUUUACUAGAAUGGGUCAGCAAAGCAAUGUUGAAUUCAUGCAUGAAAGCUCCCUCGUUGUUUCAACUUCUUAUUUUGAAAGAAAUACUAUUGCUAAUCUUCAAAAAGAAUUGGAAAGUGACAAUACUAGUGAUAGAGACAUAGGUUUUUGGGUGGGUCUUGACCCAGGGGGUGAGUGGGAGAGUGUCCGAUCAUUACUUCCACUUACAGUUGGUCCAAAAUUCUUAAAGAAGGAAUAUAUCGGUAUGGAAGUUGUGAUGAAAAAUGGGAAGAAACAUGUAAUUUUUAGGGGUCUUGUCGGAGUAGUGAAUGAUUCUGAUGUUAUAUUGAAUAUUUCAACGUGUCAUGCUUCUAGUGGUCAUGAGCCCUCACUUGGAACAAGCUCUUCAAAUACAGUGGUAGAAGAAGUCUUUCAAAAUCAGUAUUAUCAGCCAUCAUCAGGUUGGGGUAACAGUUGGCCAGAUAUACACCCUGAUAAUCCUAGACACUGGAGCACAAGGGACUUCUCGUCCUCAUCAAAGGACUUCUUCGAACCUCCACUUCCUCCUGGGUGGAAAUGGGCUUCAGGUUGGUCCAUAGAAAAGUUUCAGCAUGUUGACAAGGAAGGCUGGGCAUAUGAAUCGGACAUUAAAAAUUUAAGAUGGCCUCCUACUUCAUCAAAAUCUUCAACAAAAUCGGCCUCUGAUGUUGUCCGUCGAAGGCGUUGGAUUCGUACUAGACAACCCACUUCUGAACAUGGUGUAGAAUCCUUGCAAAGUGGAGUAAGUACUGUGCACCCUGGAGCAUCUACUGUUUUAUCAUGGAGAAGUACGUCAAAGGAUUCUGAACAACAUUUGCAAAUUCGACCUAGCUUUGAUAAUUCUCAGCCCUCAUAUUCAUGGAGUCAUGCUGUAGCUGUUGGUUCAACCUAUAUAUUUAGCAAAGAUCAACAAUUAGAUCCAGGUUGUAGACCAAAUUCUGUGACAUCAAAUUGUUCUUUAAAGCUAAAUGAGAUUGAGAAAAAGGAUAUACUUAUGUGCUGCAAUCCUAGCAGUGGAAGUAAACAGAUAUGGUUUAGUGUGGGUACAGAUGCCUCAGUCCUUAAUACUGAACUAAAUACCCCUGUAUAUGAUUGGAGAAUAUCUAUUAACUCUCCUAUGAAAUUGGAGAAUCGGCUUCCUUGUCCUGCUGAAUUUUCAAUCUUAGAGAAAACAAAGGAAGGAAACGGUGUCGAGCGACAUCGUGGUAUCGUUUCUUCUCGUCAGAGUGUACAUAUAUAUUCAGUUGAUAUUCAGAAACCUUUGUACCUUACUUUGUCUGUGAAGAAUGGUUGGGUUAUGGAAAAGGAGCCAAUUCUUGUGCUGGAUCCUGCUUUAUCAAAUCAUGUCUCAUCUUUCUGGAUGGUUCACCGACAAAGUAGAAGGUUUCUAAUAUGCUUUUUGGAUAAGUUGCAUUAA